GAUUAAUUGCCCAUAAUUGGCAUACCUCAACUGUUUCCCUCUCUCUCUCGCUCUCUCUUUCCUUGAUCCGCGCAAAGUAGGACAGUAACCUAUAGAUUUCUGUGUUAAUUUACUUGUUCUUUUAUUUCCUGUCUUUGGAUUCAUUGGUUCGAGCCACCACGACAGCAAGUCUUUUGACUCACCGACAUAUAGACACCGAACAGAACACCCGACACCGACUUCUCUGUUGUGAGGGAAUUAUAAUAUAUUUCACGGGAGCACAAAACAGCAAUCUCCAGAAAAAACACAUACUCGACUCUACUUGGCGAGUGAACCUGGGAUUCUAUUUUAUCUUUUCCUUUCACCCUCACUGUUCAUCUGUCUCUCUCGAAAGGGCCAAAAAAAGAAACAAUUAUAUCUACGGGGUACGGACAUAUAUCAUCAACUUCGCUCCUUUUUUGAAUCAGCAACUACCUUGGAAGUUUGUCACCGAUUGGAUCUCCGCCGCCUCCCAAAAGAUGUCUCAAGGCUCGGAGGGUUCCCAAAGGCCCGUCGUAUGUGUUUUCUGUGCGUCUUCACCCGGCAAGAACCCGAUCCACCUGGAGUCCGCCCGGACCUUGGGCGAGGCUUUGCACGAGGCCGGUUACAACCUCGUCUAUGGAGGUGGGACGAUGGGCAUCAUGGGGGAAUUGGCCAGCACCCUGGUUUCCCUGUCGGGUCCCAAAUCGGUCCAGGGGAUCAUCCCGAGAGCCCUCAUCAAGUCCGAGUUGGACCCUUCCACGAGAUCUUCGACCAGUCAGAAAGGUACGGAAGGGAUGAGAAAGGCCGAGAGGACAAUGUCCGAACAACAACUGCAACGCAUCGACAGCAACGAGGACCCCGACAGUAAAAUCGUGCCCGAGUCGGAAUUCGGGGCCACCCGCAUCGUCCCCGACAUGCACACCCGCAAGAGCAUGAUGGCCAGGACGGUGGAGGCCGGGGGUCCGGGGUCGGGCUUCGUCGCCCUCGCCGGCGGGUACGGCACCAUCGAGGAGGUCAUGGAGAUGGUGACCUGGAACCAACUGGGCAUCCACAAGAUCCCCAUCGUCCUGGUCAACAUCGACGGUUACUGGAACGGACUGUUGGACUGGGUCAGGAAUUCGAUCCGCGAGGGUUUCGUCAGUGAAGGCGCGGCCAACAUCUUGGUCGAGGUGAAGCGUACGGACGAGGUCGUCCAGGCUCUGCGUGACUAUCAACUCGCCCCCGGCAGGUACAAGUUGGACUGGAGUCUAGAGUGAAUUAAAUCGAACCAAAGAAACCAAGAGAGACAAACAGUAUCAGACUCUCGACUCACAUAUCAAUCGGGAAUGGGAAAUGACAAGGACAAAUAUUAGAACAGAAAAAACAUGGGGAAGUAAAAAAAAAAGAAGAAUCUCAUCACCGACUUUCUUGGUUUCAUUUGUCCUUGCCCUU